UUUAUCGGAAGAACUAUCUUAUUCGUCAGGUGUUCUUGGAUGGGCGAGAAUUCAAGUUCACGAUGAUGGCGGGGUGACUCAAAAUAGCAAAAAUAAGCAACAUCCUACCUUUGAAGGAACAUUUAGUUUAUAUAAUGAAUUAUAUCAUAUAAAAUCUAUUGAAAAUUAUCAAUUAACUAAAUUUAAUGAUGAUCCGGAGAUACCAAAUCCUUCUGCACGUCUUGAUGUUCAUAAAUCAUCUACGAUGGUUAUUUAUCGUGAAUCAGACGUUAAAAAUGCUCUUUACAAUAAAAGAUCAUCCUCAGAAGUUGAAUCUUGUUCAAUGGAAGAUGUUGUUGGUGCUGAGAGCCUACGUCGUAAUCGUAUCCCGCAUGGUGACUUUUUAUCGUUAAAUUCUAAUGAACAAUUUGGUAGCUCAUGGUGGAACUUAAAGAUGGGGAGUGUUUUUGAAAAUAAACAUAAACUGUCGAAAAGAGAUGUAACGGGUUGUCCUACUGGUCGAAAAAUUGCUUACAUGGCAUCGGCCGCUGAUUGUACAUACGUCGAUCAUUAUAAAUCUGCGGAUGCUGCUCGAAAGCAAAUUCUUCAGAAUUGGGGCACAGCCUCGGCUGUUUAUGAAAGAACUUUUAAUGUGACCCUUGGUCUUAUUAAAAUUGAGAUCCUGCCCCAACUAUGUCCUAAAACUCCUGACCCCGCAUUUCCAUUUAAUCGACCAUGUGAAGAAAAAUAUACUAUAAACGAUCGUCUUAGUGACUUUAGCCAAUGGAGGGGCAAAUCUCCGGAUGAUGGUGCAGGUUUAUGGCAUCUUAUGUCCAAGUGCAAUACCGGUACUAAAGUUGGCGUUGCAUGGUUGGGACAAUUAUGUAAAUCAGAAUCAACUCUUCAAGAUCAAGGACAGUAUGUAUCUGGUACUGGGGUUUCUACUGUUGUUAAAGAAGAGUGGAAAGUUGUUGCUCAUGAAGUUGGACAUGGAUUUGGUGCUGUUCAUGACUGUGUUGCUGGAAAUUGUCCUUGCAAUGGUUGUGAAUGUUGUCCAUUAAGUCAAACAGUUUGCAAUGCCGAUAAUAAGUUCCUCAUGAACCCAACAAGUAAUGUAGCUACAAAUGAUUUCAGUCCAUGUACUAUUAACGAUAUAUGUUCAACUUUACCAAAUAUGGAUAGCUGUCUCCAAGACCCUGGUUCAAAAUCCAUUCUCAGUCAAUCUAUGUGUGGAAACGGAUUGAAAGAAGAUAAUGAAGAAUGCGAUUGCGGCACUGAUUGCGCUUCUGACCCUUGUUGUGACGGAACAACAUGUAGAUAUAAGGGUAAUGCGGUUUGCGAUGACAUUAACGACAUGUGUUGUAAUAAAUGUCAAUUCAAGCCUGCUAACGAGCUAUGUAGACCUGCCAGUUCUGAUUGCGACAUUCCUGAAUAUUGUAACGGAACUUCUGGUGUUUGUCCAUUUGACCAACAUGUUGCUGAUGGAACUGUCUGUGCUCCUAACCUUGCAUGUGCCGGAGGUCAAUGUACAUCUAGGGAUAAUCAAUGCCUUACACGUGGUGGUCGCUUGGGUAUCACAAAAGCUUGUUCGCUUUUAUCUGAUUCAUAUCCAACAUGUACUAUAAGUUGUGCUAAUCCAAACGACACAAGAUCAUGUAUUGAAAUGAGUGGAUUUUUCGUAGAUGGUACUCCUUGUGGAUUUGGUGGAAGAUGUAACAAAGGACAAUGUGGCAGUGGUUCUAUAAGUAAUAGUCUUUCAAGCUGGAUAAAUCAACACAAACGGACUAUAAUCCCAAUUGCGGCAGUUAUUGGAGCACUCUUGUUAUGUUGUAUAUUACAUUGUGUAUAUCGCUGUAAAAAGCGACGAAAUAAUCCUACAAAACUACGAAUUCCUUCUCAAUCUCCACCAUCAAGAACAAAUAGUUAUAGCGCUCAUAAUGGUGCUAAGUGGGUUGAUCCAUCUCCGUAUAACGGUUCUAUAUAUCCUGAUCAUCAGGAAUUCAAUAAUGAACGAAUACCUACGCAAACACAGGUGCAUCGACAAAAUUCGCGUUCUUCAGAUAUUAUGUAUGCUGGAACAGGUCACAUACAUCAUCCACGACCAACAUUACAAACAACUUUCCAAGGACGACGAAGUGGAUCUCAAGUAUCACCAUCACCUGCUUCACCAUCCAUGGGAUCAUUAGGAUCACCUGUUUCACCAUCCAGAUCAAUAAGAUCACCUGCUUCACCAGCCAUGGGGUCAUUUAGAUCACCUGUUUCACCAUCCAGAUCACCUGCUUUACCUCCAAAUCCCAAUUCAUCGAGAAACUAUGAACGUCAACAUGUAGUCGCUCUUCCCGUGGCCAUUGAAACUUUGCAAAACGAGGAUACCGUUAUUGAGCUACAAAAACCAUUUAUCAAAUGA